AUGGAUAGUAUUCGAUCAACAGCAAAACUGAAAAUAGAGCUAGAAAACGAUAGUCUGACCAUGUUUGGAUCUGCGCAAGAAUCUGCUGGUUGCGUUUUACGAGGCGUAUUACAUUGUACAUUGACUCAACCCAUGAAGAUCAAAUCUAUCAGUUUACGCUUUACCGGGAAAACAGUCUUGACUUGGUCUGAACCCUUGGGAAACGGACAAGAACGAUUAUAUCAUGAAGACGAACAAACGGUGAUAGACAAUCAAUUUUAUUGUCUUUCACGUCAACAAAAACUUCAUACACUUCCCAUUGGUGAUCAUACAUAUAACUUUGAAUUUGUACUUCCUGGUCAUCUUCCUGAAACAACUCAUGUGAUCAACUUUUAUCAAGUCGAAUACAAACUCAAGGCAAUGGUGGAACGUCCAGCGUUUAUACCAAACCAAACAACUAGACAAGCUAUUCAUGUUUCUCGUCAAUUAUUUUCACCAUUCUCUCCUGAAUUUAUGGAACCUGUCUAUGUAGUGAAACGACACGAAAAUAUGUUGGAAUAUACUGUGUCCAUGCCAACCAAGAUCUAUGCUUAUGGUGACACCAUCUCAUUAUCUAUCAACAUUUCAGCUUUACAUGACUAUAUUCAACCGGAUUCCCUCACUUGCAACUUGAAAGAAUACAUUAUCCUCGGUAAUUUUGGCAAUUCAUCUGGAAACAACCCUGGUAUGGUCAUCGAUGGUACAAGAGCACAUGGGCGACACCUUUUUUCAACAAGGAUCAAGCAUUUUACUACCACUAAUCAUCAAACAUGGACUAAACAAUUGGAAGUAGGAUUGCCAACCGCUAAGAAUGAAAUGCAUUGUGAUAUGGACAACGAUAUGGUACGCGUACGACAUAAAUUUAAGUUUAUAUUGGACUUUCAUGACGCUCGGACUGGUCAUUCUAUGCAAAUGCGAACAGCCGUGCCUAUCAACAUCUGCGCCUUGUCUCUCAAUACACACCAAUUACCUGCUUAUGAAUCUUCUUCACAGGACGUUAUCUAUGAUCCAUCAAACCGUUCAUCACUAGCUCAUCAUUAUCAUCAUCAUCAUCAUCAUCCGAAUACAGUCAAUUAUUAUGAAAUACUUGAAAUUACACAAGAAGCAACUGAUAAUGAUAUCAAAAAGGCUUACAGAAAGCUUGCUCUAAAAUAUCAUCCUGAUAAGAAUCCUUCACCCGAUGCAGCUGAAAAAUUCAAGGAAAUAAGUCAUGCCUACGAAAUUCUAUCUGACCCUCAAAAACGACACAUAUACGAUAUGGGUGGUGAUACUGCUGGAGGUGAACAAGCUUACUCAUCCUCAGCCUAUGAUCGCUUUGGAGGAAGACAACGUGAUUUAUUCCAAAGUAUGUUUGAUGAUCCUUUCAUGACUGGACAAUCUCAAAGUAUGUUUGGUUCAUCCAUGACAAUGGGUGGUGAUCCUUUUGGUGGAAUGGGUUCUCAUAUGUUUCAUCAUUUUGGUGGUGGUGGUCUUGGUGGAAUGUCUUCAUUCUCUUCUUCUUCAUCCUCUUCCUCCUUUGGUGGCGGAGGCGUAUCACAAAGCACAUCAACAACUAUUCGCAAUGUCAAUGGAAGACAAGAAAGGGUAACAGUGACAAAAGUACAAGAUCAAAAUGGAACACGCAUCACUGAAGAUUAUGGGAAUGGGCGAAGACGUGUUGUAAUCAAUGGUGUAGAACGUGAAAAUACUCUAGAUUAUGCAAAUAGUGACCAUCGAAUUGGCGCUUCACAACAAUACCAACAACAACAACAACAACAACAGAUCUCACAGGGUGGUCCUGGCUAUUCGCAAACACAACAAUACCAAAGUUAUGAUGGAUCCAAUCCUAAUUAUUAUGGACACUAG